GAACAAUGUAUUUUUCUUUAGAUUUCAGAAUGGCUGCUACAACAAUGCACAGUGCCAUCGGGUCUGUGCAGGCCCACAGAGCUCAAAUAAGCUCAAGCUCUCAAAAUGGAAUGGGAAGUUUUUCUGUCAAGAUGGUUUCUAAGUGUUUUGGGAUUGAUAUGAGACUUCUCGGAAGGGGUAAUUACUGUUCAAGAGGCUUGAAGUUGGGUGGUGUUCAUGCUUCAACAUCCUCGAUAGCUGAUUCAGUCCAAGCACCAUCAAACAGCAAAACUACUGAUUCACAGAAGAAAUCAAAUGAAACUGCUCUUAUAUUGAUUCGCCAUGGUGAGUCCUUGUGGAAUGAGAAGAAUCUGUUUACUGGUUGUGUUGAUGUUCCUUUGACCAAAAAGGGUGUCGAGGAGGCGAUUGAAGCUGGUAAAAGAAUAAGCAAUAUUCCAGUUGAUAUGAUUUAUACAUCUGCUUUGAUUCGCGCCCAAAUGACCGCUAUGCUUGCCAUGACCCAG